AUGGCGUUUUCCAUGGAUCGACCCCGUUAUUCGCCUCGUCGCUUGGAAUUCGAAGAGUAUACCCAUAGCGGUAUGACAGGAAACGAAUUCGGGAAGAUGACAACAUUUCCUGUUGAUGAUGUAUGCAUGGAUGACUGGCCCCCCGCUUCAAGCCCAUCCGUGAAGCAGGGGGUCUCUCACAGAUUCGUACGUCCCGGAAACAAUGGCGGCAUGGUAAUUGAUUUGACCGGCGACGACGACAUCGUUGACGACAUCGUCGAGGACAACAUGAUCAAUUUCACCUCCGCGGAUCUCUCUAGCUCCACCGCUCUUGCGAUUCAACAAACUGCUUCUCUCAAUAUUUCUUCAAUCAUGAAUCGCUUUGUCAGCGACAGCUCCCUUGUAGAGGCAUUGCAAAGGAUGGACGUGGACCUGCCGAAUGCAACUGAUCGCCGUACUCACGCUACCAGCCCCAAUCAGCCAACAGCCGACUCCGAUGUGGAAAUAUACAAUACCCCCGAGGUCUCCUUCAUUACUCAGCGGGAAAUCCGCAACCUGACAAACAACACGGCCCCCAUAGGCACUCGAUCUUUUUCAUCGAUUAUCGACUUAUCUAGCGAGAAGCCUGGUUCGCCCAACAAGACCUCUCCCCGCAAGAACGUUGGAGAGGUUCGCAAUGUCCCGGAAAAAGAGCCGUACACCCAUGUCAUGAAUGGAAUCGUGUACAAGCCCGGUAUGUGCAUUGAGUUCAAAGACGGAUCCUUCAUGAAGGUGACCGAGGUCAUUCCCCAGCCAGAGAGCUUGUGCUUCGCUGGCUGGCGUCUUUAUCGGACAACCGAUAACCAAUGUGACACUUUCCUGCCCAAACUCCGCAAUGAGCUUGUUUGGCUCACUCAGAAGGACGGGCUCAUAAGCUCCGAUAACAUUAAGCGAAUUGUCAACAUUCGUUUCACCAACUACCGUGUUCCCUUGCGUGAGAAUCCUCCGAUGUUGACUUGCCGUCUUAAGUUGACUAUGCGCCAGGCCGGCGUGAUCAUUGUGUGGAGUCGGGCCCCUAUUACUGCUGACGACAAUGCCAUUGAGUAUCUUGAAUACCACGAUGCAGACCCUGGUUUCCAGGAGAAGUCCACCAUGGCCUCGGAGAAUGAGCGCAAGGGCAUCAUCGAACUCGAACCUGAGCGUACAUACUCCUUCGGUGACGCCUAUUGUGGCGGUGGUGGUGUGUCCUGCGGCGCAAAGCAGGCUGGUAUCAAGAUCAAAUGGGCCACUGACCGGGAUCAGCAUGCUCUGGCCACUUAUGAGCUCAACUUUCGGGAUGUGGAGAUUGAGCGCGCGGACUUUUACGAUUUUCUGACCAAUUCCCCGGACUUCCUGCGGGUAGAUAUUGCUCAUUGCUCUCCGCCUUGCCAGACUUGGUCUCCCGCUCACACAGUCCAGAGCAAAAAUGACGAUGCUAACUCUGCCUGUGUCUUCAGUGGUGUAGACCUGGCCAGGGCGACCAAGUGCCGCAUUCUGACCAUCGAAGAGACCUCUGGUCUCGUCAAUCGCCAUGUACUGGUUUUCAAUCGGAUAGUGCUAAGCCUGCUGGAGCUUGGCUAUGCUGUGCGGUGGUCAAUUUUGAGUUGUGAUCAUUACGGAGUUCCCCAGGAGCGUAAGCGAGUAAUGGUUAUUGCUUCAGGACCUGGUGAGGUUCUGCCUCAUUAUCCUGACCCCACUCAUGGAGACCCUGGUUAUGGCAGCAACCUUUCCCGCCGCGAAAACAUUCGUACCACUAUCGGCCAAAUCCCCGAAGACGCUGAUGACCACAAUCUCGCCAGAGUCAUCACUCGGUGGCAGAACAGCCACCGGGAGUCAUUCUCCGCCGACAGUCUGGCCCGCACUAUCACUUGCGGAGGGGGUGAGUUCAACUAUCAUCCCUCAGGCACCCGGGCCUACACCGACCGGGAGAUGGCUAUGCUGCAGACUUUCCCCAUGGACUACCAGUUCUCGGGGAAAUGCACCCGCAAGCAGAUCGGUAAUGCCGUACCUCCUCGCUUCGCCGAGGCCGUUUACGGGGAAGUGAUCCGGUCUCUUCGGGAGACCGACAAGGAAGAGAUCGAAGGAAAGUUCAAGUAG